UGCAUGAACUGGCUGCUUCUUUAGCGGAUGGUAGUAGUUUAGAGCAAGUAGAAGUUGGAAGUUGGGCUCGAUGGAUUCCGGCGACGAACAGGACGUCCCCGAUGCCAAGGGGAGGAAGAAGCGGUACCACCGGCACACCCCGAGGCAGAUUCAAGAGCUUGAAUCGAUGUUCAAGGUUUGUCCGCACCCGGACGAGAAGCAGAGGAUGCAGCUGAGCCGGGAUCUGGCGCUGGAGCCGCGACAGAUCAAGUUCUGGUUCCAGAAUCGGAGGACGCAGAUGAAGGCGCAACACGAUAGGGCGGACAACUGCGUGCUGCGUGCCGAGAACGACAAGAUCCGGGCCGAGAACAUCGCCAUGAUGGAGGCUCUCAAGAGCGUCAUCUGCCCCUCCUGUGGCGGCCCUCCCACCCAUGAGGACUCCUACUUCGACGAUCAGAAGCUGCGGAUGGAGAACGCAAGGUUGAAGGAAGAGCUUGAUCAUGUCUCGAGUAUUGCAUCAAAAUACCUUGGAAGGCCUGUCACGCAGCUUCCCCCAGUGCAGCCAGUCUCUGUUUCAUCAUUGGACUUAUCAGUUGGGGUUUACAGUGGUCCAGAGGUGAACCCUACCCUCGAUCUUGAUCUCCUGCGCCGGAAUUGUUCUUCUGCUUUCCCGUACCCAUACACCCCAGCCGUUUCCGAGCUUGAGAAACCUCUCAUGGUGGAGAUGGCCACUGGUGCAGCGGAGGAAGUUCUCAGGCUUGUGCAGACCGAUCAACCCCUGUGGGUGAAGUCCGGAAGUGAUGGCAGGGACAGACUUCAGCUUGAAAUCUACGACAGGAUGUUCCAGAGGUCAGGCCAGCAUCUCAGGUUCCCACACACUCGAACUGAGACGUCGAGGGACUCGGCUCCUGUCGCCAUGAAUGCUAUGACAUUGAUCGACAUGUUCAUGGAUGCGAGCAAGUGGGCGGAGCUUUUUCCCAGCAUUGUUGCCAAGGCGAGGACCAUCGAGGUCCUCGCAGCCGGGAUGGCCAGCAGCAGAAGCGGCUCUUUGGUGUUGAUGUACGAGGAGCUGCAAGUUCUCUCACCUCUUGUUCCUACGCGCGAGUUCUGCUUUCUGCGGUAUUGCCAGCAGAUCGAAUCGGGUAUGUGGGUGGUGGCCGAUGUCUCGGUGGACUAUCCAAGAGACAACCAGCUCGGCCUUUCUCCCCGAUCAAGGAGGCUUCCUUCAGGCUGCUUGAUCGAGGAAACGCCCGAUGGCUAUUCCAAGAUUACUUGGGUCGAACACAUGGAAAUCGAUGCAAAUGAUCAACCCCACGUCCUGUUCAAGGAUCUAAUCAACAGCGGGACGGCAUUUGGAGCACAGCGCUGGAUCACCACCCUCCGUAGAAUGUGCGAGAGGUUUGCCUGCUCAAACGUCGCUGGUCUCCCGGGCAGAGACCUCGGAGUGGUUUCUUCCCCCGAUGGUAAGAGGAGCAUGAUGAAGCUUGCUCAGAGGAUGGUGAACAACUUCUGUGCCAACGUUGGUGCAUCGAGCGAUCAGAAAUGGACGAACGUGUCAGGGUCGAACGACGUCGGCGUCAGGGUUGUGCUUCAGAAAACCUCAGAUGCUGGCCAGCCCAGCGGCGUCGUCCUCUGUGCCGCAACCUCAAUAUGGCUGCCCGUGUCAGCUGAGCGGGUCUUCAGCUUGUUUAAGGACGAGCGAACUCGCACUCAGUGGCACAUUCUAUCAAAUGGCAACACGCUACAAGAGGUGGCUCACAUCACGAAUGGCUCUCAUCCGGGGAAUUGCAUCUCUCUUCUUCGUGGGCUCAGUUCUUCCCAGAACACCAUGUUGUUACUCCAGGAGUGCUGUACCGACGCGUCAGGGUCGGUGGUGGUCUACUCCCCCAUCGACCUACCGGCCAUCAACAUCGUCAUGAGCGGCGAGGAUCCAUCCUACGUUCCGCUGUUGCCGUCGGGCUUCGCCAUACUACCGGACGGGCGAUCUGCCGGGGGACAAGGAGCAUCGUCCAGCUCGACUCCGAUGGUCGGCUCAUCUGGCUCGCUGGUGACUGUCGCGUACCAAAUACACUUGAGCAGCUUGCCGUCCGCCAAACUCAACAUGGAGUCAGUAAUGACCGUGAAUCACUUGAUCGGCACCACAGUUCAGCAAAUAAAGGUUGCAUUGAACUGUGCGGAUGCCUGAUGCUCUCCCGAGCUACGUCUCCCCUCUUCUCUCUCCCAUCAGCUCUUUCUUUACUGCUACAGAUCUGAUGGAGUCUCUUGAGGCCUUCGAUGUGGCAUUCAAGACGGGAUUAAAGUGGGUCUUCUUGUGUUGGUUAGUUGGCCUUGAAUGCUUCCCUCCAUUGAGGGGGCUUCAAUUCCAACUUUAAGAUGCUGCUGCUGCUGCUGCUAGGCGCAGGACAAUCUGAUUCUCUUACAGGAACCCGUCAGUCUUUACAUUUACAAGAACUUGAUGAAGGAAGUCAAGAACGCACCAUUGCCUGCUUCUCCUCUUCUGCUGCUGUCAUAAAUCCUACUUGUCCUUCAGGUUUCUUUCUUUAGGCCUGCUUCCUUCUCUCCUUUCCCUUGCUUCAAUCCCAUUCUUUCCUUUCUUCAUGCAGCAAGUGGUGAUGGUUCGGGCAUUGACUUCUGUCCAUAAACAUUUACUGAUGAGCAUUUACUUUGAAGAUGGUAUCGAUGGUGUUGUUGUUGUUGUUGUUGUUGUUGUUACGGUAUUCCAUGCAUUCGUCUUCACUCUGGAAACAGUAGUGAGCAGCACUGAGUUGGAUGCUGCAACUAAAUUCUAUCAGGCUAUCGAUCUGUAACUUCAUAUCUUAGAGUGGUCCCUUCGCACCACUCUUCUUUGAUCUUUGCAUUAGUUCUUGCUAACAAUUCUA